ACAAUAAAGUUGCGAACGGAACGCAAAACCCGGCGGUUGAUCAUGAGCAUAGUGCGUGAAAAUCUAAAAUAGAUUUACUUAUUUAUUUUAUAUAUCGUGACUGGUGACGUAAUUACGAACCUUCCACAAAAUCUCUAAAGUUAAAAAUUACAGUAUUUUUAUUUAAGGGAAAAAACUGUGUAGUGCCGAAAAACACUGUAAUGUUUAAAUUCUUGUCAAAUUCUUUGAUUACUCAGGCCAGCUGUCAAGAGGUGGGGGGCUGGUUAUUUGAAACGAGCCGACACAGACAGACUUUACGAAAUCUUCUCGAAGUAUGCCACUGUAGAGAAAAAUGGCGAAAAACAUAUCACGAGCGAAGAUUUCGUCAGAAAGUUCCUUGGAUUGUUCGGUGAAGAUGACUACAACAAGGAAUCGGUUAAGCUCAUCGCGGGCAUCGUCGAUAUGGACAAGGAUGGCUACAUAUCGUUCUCGGAGUUCCAGGCCUUCGAGGGCUUGCUGUGCGUACCGGACGCCCUCUACAAAACAGCAUUCCAACUCUUCGACACCAAUGGAAAUGGACUUGUUGCUUUUGAUGAGUUCGCGGAAGUCAUGCGUAAGACGGUGCUGCACAAAAAAUUGCCCUUCAACAUGGAAAGCACCUUCGUUCGCUUAUAUUUUGGAAAGGACAAGAAACGCUUAGUAACCUACCCUGAGUUCAGUCAAUUUCUCCACGACUUCCACGAGGAGUACGGAGUGGAGGCUUUCAAGAAGUGCGACAAGGAUGGCACCGGCUUCAUCACCGCCGGCGACUUCAGAGACAUCAUGCUGACCGUGAAGAACCACUUGCUAACCAAGGAAUUGAAGAACAAAGUUAUCAUGGCUUCAGGCUUCCCCCAGGGCGAACGUAAAAUCAGCUUUCCAUACUACAUGGCGUUCAAUUCACUUCUUAACAACAUGGAGCUCAUCAAACGCGUCUACCUAAAUGCAACAAACGGACACAGGACAUACGAGGUCACCAAGGAGGAGUUCCUGCACUCCGCACAGAUGAUGAGUCAAAUCACACCCUUGGAAGUGGACAUACUAUUCACGCUCUGCGAUAUGAUGCAUCAGACUAACGGACGAAUCAUUUACAACGACCUCAACGCUAUCACCCCGGAACAGUACUUCAAGCAAGUGACAAGUCGAGUUGCAGAAAUCAAAGCGGUGUCGAGUCCUGAAGAAAGGGGGGUGCUGAUACAAAUCCUCGAGAGCACGUAUAGAUUCACGCUUGGUUCGAUAGCUGGUGCCGUCGGAGCAUCUGCAGUGUACCCAAUAGAUUUAGUUAAGACGCGUAUGCAGAACCAGAGGACCGGUUCAUUCAUCGGUGAGGUCGCGUACCGUAACUCGUGGGACUGCUUCAAGAAGGUCAUCAGACAUGAGGGGAUGUUUGGGCUCUACCGAGGGCUGGUCCCGCAGCUCAUCGGGGUGGCGCCGGAGAAGGCUAUCAAACUCACGAUGAAUGAUUUAGUGCGAGACAAGUUGAUGGACAAGAAAGGAAACAUCACGCUUGGCGGUGAAAUACUCGCCGGUGCUUGUGCCGGUGCGUCGCAAGUAGUCUUCACGAAUCCACUAGAGAUAGUUAAAAUUCGUCUGCAAGUGGCGGGCGAGAUCGCCGGCGGUGGUAAAGUUCGAGCUUGGUCCGUCGUCAAAGACCUAGGGCUCUUCGGAUUGUACAAGGGGGCGAAGGCCUGUCUGCUUCGUGACGUGCCUUUCAGUGCAAUUUACUUCCCAGCUUAUGCUCAUGUCAAGGCGAAAUUCGCGGACGAAAACGGUUACAACCACCCGCUGACGCUGCUGGCGGCCGGCGCCAUCGCCGGCGUGCCCGCCGCCUCGCUCGUCACGCCCGCUGACGUCAUCAAGACGCGCCUGCAGGUGGUGGCUCGAUCAGGACAAACGACAUACAACGGUGUUAUAGAUGCCACUAGAAAGAUAUACGCUGAAGAGGGCGCUAGAGCUUUCUGGAAGGGUGCCGUAGCCCGUGUGUUCCGUUCGUCUCCUCAGUUCGCCGUGACAUUGGUGACUUAUGAAAUUUUACAGCGCCUGUUCUAUGUAGACUUCGGUGGAUCUCGUCCAGCGGGAUCGGAGCUGACGAUAUCGACUCCCAUCGAGGAGACGGCCCGCAAGCCGCACCACAUCGGAGGCUACCAGGUCGCGAUGCCGGUGCUGACCGGUUUGGAGACAAAGUUCGGUAUCUCGCUACCGAGGUUCUCAUUCGCGAAGCCACAAAACUGAAUCGAAUAAUCGACUUACGGAUAUUGGACCUUAUCGACAAACGUAUGGGUACCAGCGUUUGUAACGGAUACGAUAGAAAUUUAGUUUAAUGACUUUAAUAAAUAUUUAUAAAGCAAUUAUUAUAGAGUAUAAAAUACUGCCCAGGCGAGUGUGUUGCUUUUAAUAUUAAUUUAUUCAAUAAAUUUAGGAAAAAAAUGUAUAGUUAAAUGUGCGAUUUGAAAUUUUGGAUACGAUAAGAGAAAUAUUUUUCGCACUGCAAUAGUAUUUAUAAGGUAAAAAUGUCCAAGACAGUGUUUCCCAGCCUUGAUUGUUACUUCGCGGUUUUAAAUUAGGAGGUAGGUGAGAAACGGAAAGAAACACUAUUUUUAUACGAAGAAAGAGUUGUUAGCAGACACACGCGUUAGUGAUAAAUAAUAAUAAUAGGGUAAAUUUAAAUUUUUACACUGAAACUUUCAAGGUGUCUUCAGAACUUAAUAAAUUAAGCAAAUAAUUAUAAAUAUGAAGGUCAAUAAUAAAAUGUUAUCUGUGAUCUUUAUUGAUCCCCGCGUUGAAAGGUUGGGAGACACUGCUUUAUUAAAAAAAAAAAUAUCGAUCUAUUAUCUAUGAAUAAAUAAAACUUAAACAAUAGUCCUACGCACCUCGCAAGCAUUUUUACGAAAAAUUUAUAUUUUUUAAGAUUUAUCUCACAGCUUUUAUCUUUAGUAUAAUUUUUUUUGCGAUUAAUGCAUUUUUUUUUUAUUUAAUCUGUCUAUUUUUAUAUAAGCAUUUAGUAUCGAUACUGCUUUUAUUUAUGAUGAACGGUCGGUAAUACUUUGUUUCUUUAUUAAUUUUUUGUAAUAAAUCGUGGUUUUGACAGGUUGUUUCAAAUGUAAUUUAAAAUCUAACGGCCUUACUUGCAUUGUUUAGUGGGUGAUUAGUUAAACAAUACCUUGUAUUUUUCUUUCGAAUGUAAAAUGAAAAGCGCGAAAUCCGCGUUUAUCUAUCCAGUCGCUAAGCAACGUUUAUAAGUGACGUCGUAAAUGUUAAACUUGUUUUGUUAUCUCGAAAUACAAAUCAAUAUAAUAUUUCUCGAAAGUUCUUAAUUUGAAAUGGCCUAAGUUACAUUAAAAUAAACGUUAUACCAAUAACCUUAAAAACAUGAUAACAUAACCGAAUAUGUGAAAUAAAUAUUAUUCAAAGAAGGUUUUAUAAUUUAUUUUUAUUAUAUAGUAAUAAAAAACAUUAAAUAAAUCUGCUAGUAAAAUAUUAUUUGUGAUUUAUUUGUAUUAUAAAAAAUAUUGUUUCUGAGAAAUUAUUAUUGUGUUUGCUUUGCUGAUCAUUUCCAAUUUCACGAGUUUGGGCACAUCCACAGAUUAUGUAAGGAAUCAAAAAAGGUUUAUAAGUAUAAAAUACUGCACUAAUUAAUGUAGAUAGAGCUCAAAGUUACGAGAUUAAUAAAUUGUAGGUUAAAAUUUUAUGAAUCAGUGAAAAUUAUACAUAUAAUAAAUCAUUAUAAUGUGCAUUUUCGUGUAAAUCCUCCUUGAUGUUAUAUAUUUAACAAAAAAUAUCCAUACAUAUUAUAUUUGGUUUUAUAGUGCAAGAUUAUAAAAAAAAUAUUUACUUAAAAAAAAAAUUAAAAUAUAUAAUGGUUGUCACAUUUGAUUAAAACAUAUAAAAAGCGCGGGAAUUUUAAUAUCCUUGGUUACUUGCAAAGUUAUAUUAUAAUAAAUUAAAUUUAAAAUGUACGUAACAAAACAUUGUGUUCCGGUUUGAAGGGUGAGUGAGCCAGUGUAACAGGCACAAGGGACAUAACAUCUUAGUUCCCAAGGUUGGUGGCGCAUUGGCGAUGUAAGCGGUGGUUAACAUUUCUUGCAAUGCCAAUGUCUAUGGGCGUUAGUGACUUGCCAUUAGGUGGCCCAUAUGCUCGUCCGAUAACCUAUACUAUAAAAAAAAUUUGGAUGGUCAACAGAUGCACAAUAUAUAUUAUAUAUUUAAAAUAUGUAUAUGUAUGUAUGUUGAAACUGAAUUAUAGAAAUAAAGACAAGAGACCGAUGUGACUAGGUGCUGUAUUUAUUGAUAUUGUACAUUUUUUGUGUUGAAAAUAAAUAUAAUAAAGUUUU